AUGCUUCCAACCUCAAUACUCACUGCUUUUGCCUUCUGCCUGGCUUUUGUCAGCGCUGCACCAAUUGAUUGGGCCACCGUUAACUAUAAUGUUAACUGGGCCACUGUGCAAUACAACCUUCCAGCAACUACUAAAGCUGCUGUUGCUGCUGCUGCCACCACUCAUGCCGCAGUUGCAACCGUGGCUGCUCAGCAAAAGAAUGUGGCUGCCACCACUUCCAAGUCCUCCAAUACUGCAUCCAGUUCCAGUUCCAGUUCCGGUUCCUCUUCUGAUUCCACUAGCUCAUUUGGCUCCAAUAGUGCUGUUGCGUUUUCUCAAUACAAAGAUAGUGGUGGUUGUAAAUCCAAAAGUGAGCUAGAAGCCAGUAUCAGGGCUAUGAGUUCUUACAGUGUCAUUAGACUUUACGAUACCGACUGUGAUAUAGUUAGCAUUGCCAUGGCAACUAAAGCUUCAAAUCAAAAGAUCUUGGUCGGGAUCUUUUAUCCUGAUAAAUGGUCUGAUGGUGUUAACACCAUUAAGUCAGCUGUUUCUGCCAGAGGAACCUGGGGCGAUAUCUUCGCUAUCACCGUUGGUAAUGAAGAUGUGAAUGAUGGGACCUACACUGCUAGUCAAAUGGCUGGAUACGUCUCAAGUGUCAAGAGUGCCAUCAGUAAUAAAGUCCCAGUCGCUGCCGUUGAUGUCUACUCAACUAUCUGGAAUAACAAAGAUUUGUGUAAUGGGGACUUUGUUGCAGCUAAUGCUCAUCCUUACUUUGAUGACAGUACCAGUGCCGGUGAUUGUGGAACCUGGUUGCAAACCCAAAUUACUAAAUUGAAGAGUGUCUGCCCAGGUAAGAAUAUCUUGAUUACCGAAACUGGCUGGCCAACUGCUGGUGACUCUGGUAGAGCUAGCAGUUCUUCUCAAUCAUCUUGUCUUAACUCUAUUAAAUCCAGCUCCAUUAAAGACCAAGUGACUUUGUUCUCCAUGUGGAAUGAAAAGUGGAAGAGUAGUGGUGUUGAACCAUACUGGGGUAUGAACGGUAACGAUCCUAAUGCCUCCUGA